AUGACGUGUUUAACCGACCUCUCAGAGGGCAGGUCCGCGGCCUUUCUGUGUGCGCUGGCGGUGGUAGCGCAGACCGUGUCGGUCUGCGCCAAGGCGGACGAGGUAUCCGUGGUCAUCGCACCCCAAAGCCCCACAACAGUAGAUGUCGAGUUGCAUUAUGGUGACUCCAUGAGCGUCCUGUGCCAAAAGGCGACCGCGUUCAUUCCUUCAGACUUUAAGACCAAGUGCUGCAAUGCUUACGGUGCCAUCUGCAGCCCCGGUCAAAUCGAGUCUCACUAUACUGGCAUGUUUCCGCUUGCAGGCUCAUCCCACGCUUUCUGGAAGGGAGGCGACGGUAUCACGACUCCGGCGAAGUUCGUCCUGCCUCCAGAAACGAAGGGGAACCGCUACGAAACGCGUUUCAGCCUUGGAUGCCGGAACGCGCAACAGCAGCUCUCGGUAAUCAACGUGACAAUCGCUGCGUCGACCUACGUUCCGGGCAGCAACAAAGACGACGCGACACGUACACAGAAACCCGUCACAACCGAAACGCCGUCAGCUGGAGUCCUGGGCGCGUACCCCUGUCCGUUUUUUCUCGCGGGACUAGUAGUCGCAGGCCUUGCCUCUGCGGUUUGA